CUUUUAUAAUAGGAACCGAUCUUACAGCUUUCCGCAUUGACCUUAUAGAUGUGCUCAUCGGUUCUUUGGAAUAGCCUGCUGCACACAGUUGUUCACUCUGCUGCAACCAGUGUCCACCCUUUCUCUACUCAGGCUGUAGUUGAAUACUAAGAAAGCCAUGGCUGUCCAGCAGCAGAUCACCACUGUAACCACCACCCAGAGCUCAGGGCAAUGGAGCACAGGACUGUUUGACUGCUGCUCUGACAUGGGCACAUGUUGCUGUGCCACUUGGUGCUUCCCCUGUUUUCAGUGUCAGACGGCCUCCCACUACGGCUGGUGUGCCUGUAUGCCCCUGCUGGACCCAUGUGCCUUUAUGGCUGUCUCCUGCUGCUUGCGCUCCUCCAUGAGAGAACGCUAUGGCAUCCAGGGUUCGACCUGCGUGGACGUCGGGUUGGUGUGUUGCUGCUACGCUUGUGCCUGGUGCCAGAUGGCUCGUGAGGUUAAGACACGGACCACAUCAGGCAUCCAGCAGGUUCACAUGGUCACCCAACAGCUUCACGUGGCUUAGGACCCAGAGAAGAGAGUGGUAAACUAGAUGGCCAAGCAAGAAGUGCAAUUUCACCAGAAAUGUUGAGCAAGUGCUUUAACUUUUUGUUCCUUAUCUUGCGUGACGGUUAACAUGGGGGCGUACUGUUUGCAUUUUAUUGUUUGAAAAAGAACACACUUCCAUAAUCUUGCUAUCAUGGCUGAACAGUGACGUCCAUGAAUGAGGGCCAUGCAUAUAAUACCACUCCAAUCUAUAGCAACCAUACUGUGUGUUGAAUGUACUGUAUACUUCAGAUGUGUCUUUAGGAGAGAAAUGCUAUACCAUCAUUAAUGUCUUAAUAACCAUUGAAUGUUCAUGUCAGGCUUAAAACAUUUUCAACAGCUUACCAUGUACUUGCCCUUCUUGUGCACUUGUCUUUUCUUCUUAGUCCUGACUUUGCUGAAAGCUCCUCCAUCAAGGAAAGGUUUGCUUAAAAUGACUGUGAUGUGUGGUUGUCUUACCUAGCUACCUUAAGAUUAAUGAUAUGUGGUUGUCUUACCUAGCUACCUUAAGAUUAAUGAUAUGUGCUUGUCUUACCUAGCUACCUUAAGAUGAAUGAUAUGUGCUUGCCUUACCUAGCUACCUUAAUAUUAAUGCUCUGGAAAAGUGUGCCUGCCAAAUGACUAAAUGUGUAACCCGUGAUUCAAAUGCCAACCACAUUUCAGUUGAGUGUUCUUAUGUUUCAAUCCCUUUAAGAGUGUGCUCCUAAUCUCAGCUUGUUACCUGUAUAAAAUACACCUGGGAGCCAGAAAUCUUUCUGAUUGAGAGGGGGUCAAAUACUUAUUUCCCUCAUUAAAAUGCAAAUCAAUUUAAAAAAAAUUUGACAUGCGUUUUUCUGGAUUUCUUUGUCGUUAUUCUGUCUCUCACUGUUCAAAUAAACCUACCAUUAAA